GAGCGCAUGUACUCCAACAUGCCGGUCCGCUCACAGUCCGUCCGACAUAGUGUCAUCAACGAGGCAUACGAGGGCGCUCCCCCACAACCUGUUGCCCGACUCACUCGCACCAUGACGACGAGAGAGCCUCCGCCACCUCCGCCUCCCCCAGCGUCAAGCAGACCUCCCAUGUUGAGAUCGGCAACUUUUGAUUCCAGACACCCGCCCGUGAUCCGCGCCAGAGCCGCCUCGACUUCGUUUUCCAGAAUGCAGACCACCAGCGUUCCCGAGAGCAGAGGAGAAGACAUCUUUGACGACAACUCCGUCUACAGCGGGGAUAACACCCCCAGCUGGGGAGACGGCAGCGUCAGCCCGGCAACGAGCUAUGGCAGUUUCCACGUGAACCAGGUUGCGCCAGAGUCCAAGAAAGCACCGCCUCCUGUUAACCGGGCCAAGAAGCCUCCGCCUCCUCCUAUCCCCCGGAAGAUGUCCACCCCGGGAUAUUGAAGCGGGAUCAGGACAUUAGCGAUUUUUUUUUUUUGUUUUAUUCUGGGUUUGGUAUACGCGGCGUUGUUGUUCUUGCUCUCGAAGCAAUCCCUGUAACGAAAUGAAAUGACGCGAGGGAGAAUCUCUUAUAUUUUCUUUGCUGUAUACGGAUAGGUUUUAUUGGCAGCGUCAUUGUUUGGACAUGCUCUCAGAUGAGCUUGGAAAGUAGGAUGAAAAAAAAGUUACCUAG